UCAACUCUCACAGUUGUGUUGGCCCUUUAAUACGGCAGAGCUGAUGACGCCACCCGACGUUCAACAAGCAGCACAACAAGGAAGUCUUCAGAGUCCACAGUUCAACUCUUCUGGCUUUGAGAGCAAAUGUUGUCCUUGUAGAACAGGAUGCCUGGUGAAAGAGUGGAGGAGAGGACGUUGGAGGUGUCGGAGGUGCCUGAAGGAGUAGAUGAGGAGCUUUUGUCUUUGUAUUUUGAGAACAAGCGGCGCUCUGGUGGAGGUCCACUUGUAUCUGUGGUGAAGAACGGCGACCGCGCUACAGUCGUGUUUGAAGAUGCAGCAGCUGCAGCCCGAGUGCUGUCUAAAGGGCACCACGUUCUGCAUAAUGCUGAGCUGAGUGUGAGAAAGCCUGCCUCAAAGGACUCAUGCAGACUCCUGCUGCGGGGGAUCAACCCCAACACUGAUACAGAGAUGAUAGAGCUCUACGUGGAGAACACAAUGGGACUGGAAGACUACAACCUGUUUGCCUCACCGGGGAGAGAUUUGAUCCUCAUUCAAUUCCGCGAACCGCUCGCAACAGAUUUCCAAACACUUAACACACAAAUCUCUAAGAGGACACUUGAUGGGGCUCAAGUAACCGUGGAACAGGUUGAACAACCCGACUCAAUCUUAGUGGAGAAUUUGCACCCUGGAACCACUCCGGACCAUGUCACUUUGUACUUUGAGAGCAGUCGUGGCGGGAACCAGGACGUGAAGGAGGUCAUCGUCCUGUCAGAGAGUACAGCAAAGGUGUCCUUCUGUAACUAUGAAUCUGUGGAUGCUGUCCUGGCUCUCUCACACAAACUUGAGGGUGCUGAGCUCUCAGUGAAGCCCUACUUCAAUUUUCUUGUACCUGUAGAAAGUAAAACAUCGCAAGAAGUUGAGACAAGCCAAGACACAACUGAGAACUCUGAGGAGGUGAAUGAUAUUGAGAUGCAGACGAGUCCUCCCACGGCAGCCAGUUCCAGCAAUCACCCCCUGAGUGAAAUGGCUUUGGAGCCCGUUGCUGCUCCACCUCCUCUACCAACAGAGGUAGAGGAGGUGGAGGUGGAGGUAGAGGAGGUGGAGGAGGUGAAAGAAGAGGAGGCAGAGGAAGUCAUGGAGGAUCAAAGUGAUGAUUCAGAUACAAUAACAUGUCAUAUUGCUCUCACAGACCCAGGGAAACAUGCUUUGUUUCAGCAUAGUACCAUUCAAAAGGACAUCAAGAACACUAACCCAAAUGUUAUUAUCCAAACUAAAGACGAUGGUGUUUACGUUGAAGGACCUGAUAGAGCACAGGCAGAGCAGGUUAAACAAACCAUCAUGGACUUUCUCUGUAACAUAGCAGAGGCUCAUUUCACCCUUGAGCUGGAAAAGGCUCAAUUUCUUGCCAGAAAAGAUGUAAAGGAACGGCUUCUGCAAGCCAUGACACAAAGUAGCUCCUCUACUCUGUACACCGUAUCAGACUCUAAUAUUACCGUAACGUCUCUAACCCAGGACUCGGCCAAAAAGGCGUGCAGCUUUUUAAAAUCCCAAGUGUGUUACUUCAGCAUGCCGGUGGACCAGGAAAAUGAGUGCAUGCUGUAUUGCAGAGAGUGGUCAGAGUUCCUGCAGACUCUGAGUUUCUGCUCGGUAAAGGUGUCAGAACGAGGAGGAAAUAUUGAUGUUUGGACUCUGACGGGGAUGGAGAAUGAGAAGCAGGCCGCCAUCAUGCAGUUUCUGACUACACCCAUUGAAAGGGAGACGGUCAUCUCUAUGGAGCCGGGCAUGCUGAAGUACAUUCAGAUCCACUGUCAUCAGCUCUUGGCUGACAUGGACCAAGUGUCUAUUUUUCCACUAGAGGCCGAGGAUAAUUGUGGGUUAAAGAUCCACGGGCACGUUGUUGCUUGCCAAAUGGCAGAGGAGGUGCUGCAAGGUGUAGUUUCUUCAAUCUGCACCAGAACCAUCACAGUAAACACUCCAGGAGUGGCCCGGUUUUUAGGUGAAAAGGAGUGUCAGAGCAUUCUGAAUGAGAUGGAGGCAAAGUUUUGUGUCCACAUCAGCCCCAAAUAUGUGCCCUGGAAGCCCCUGCCACACCAGGACAUCUUUGAAGCUGCGUGGCAGAUGAUGUUUCACAAAAACUUCCAGAAAAUGUCUACGCAGGAGUUGAAGUCAGCUUCAAUGCAAAUUGAUGCUUCAAAUGGAGGUCUUUUAGAGGAGGCGAAGAAAAUCGUCUCGGCUAUCGAUGAGAGACUGGUGCAAGGUGUGCCCACUUCAGACCAGCAGGAAAACAUGGAUAACGUAGACCUGUACACGGCGUCAGAUGACCCAAGCAGUCUGAUGGACCAGGACUCUGAUGUGACAGAUGCUGACUCAGCUCAGAACACUGCAAGCGGCUUAUUCUUCAAUAAUGGAGCUCUGGGCCAUUCUAGCAAUCUGGAGGAAGAGGCCCAGCUGUCUUUAGCUAUCCAGUACUCCAUGGAGUCGAGCCACUGGACCCCGGAGGACGAAGAGGAGCAGCUGCAGAAAGCCCUGGAGUUGUCCAGGAAUAUGAGCCAAAAAGAAAGCUCUUCUAAUGGGGCUGAUAAGACACCCCAGGUGCACCAGCCAAAGAAGGCUAAUAUUAAUAUUCCCCUGAAAGAUGCAAUUGAAGCAGCCAACACCAUCCAGUUAUUUGUGUUUGCAGGCUAUAACUGUGACUUGAUUCGGGUGGACAUAGCCUUUGGUAAGAAGGUGAGCCAGAGACAGGUUGAGGAGAAAAUAGAGCACAGGAACUUGAGGAAUAUGUCCGAGUACUACAAGACAUGUCUGGACGUUAUCAAGAGGAAACAUGCAGUUGAGGUCCAGAUUCAGGGGACCAUAAUCACCGUAUCUGGUUUCAAAGACUUUGUGAUGGGAGCUGUUUAUGAUGUUAAACUGCUUCUGGAGAAAAUCUCCAAUUCUGUACCAGAGCGGGAAAUCCUGAAUACUGUGCAGUGGUUGCGGCACGACCCGAUCUCCUCUGUCACUGCUCCUUAUUCUCCCGAAGCCACAGUGUUCAUUGAGAAUGCCUUUAGGAAGAAGCUGAAGAAGGUUGACGUCUUGCUAGACAAUCAGCCGCACACAAUCAACUUUUGAGAAGAUGCAAGAACACAACAUCGCUUCGGGGGAAAUCAGCGCAGAUCAGCAGGAAGUUGCUCGAAUUAGAUGAUUUAAGUGACAGUGUACCAGAAGAUGACUACUCCGUGCUAUCAAACUUCCCCGAAGCAACCAAAGUGGAUGAGGAAUCUGAUGAAUUCCAGAACGUGGUGAAGCAAUUCUACGAGACCAUUCAGGAAUAUCACAGCAAAAUCCGAAUCAUACAGGUUGAGAAGCUCA